UGCAGUUACUCCCUAGCGGAAAUGGAUUCUUUUGGAAUUUGAACUUUAACUUUCGUCGUACGGUUGUCGUACGAUGAAAAAAUAGUAAAUCUUUGCAAAUAAACAUGUGUUACUUAUAAUAUUAUAUACGAUAUCAAAGUAACUAGGCAUUAACGCUGUAACCAUGGCAUUAGCUUCUGAAUUGCUACUUUCUAGCGUCGCUCGACAGAGAUGCGUCUCCAAACUCAAAGAAGUUCCUGUUUUCGUCAAGGAUUGGAUAAAUUUUAAAUCAGAAGCAGCUGUUUUAGUUCCGUUAUGUGUACAAAACAAUGAGGUAUGUCUCCUUUAUACGCUACGGUCAUCAAAUCUCACCAAUCAUAGUGGCCAAGUAUCGUUUCCGGGAGGGAAAAUGGACAAAAGUGAAACUGUGUUUGAGACAGCGCUCAGAGAAACUGAAGAAGAGAUCGGGGUGCCGCGGGAAAGUGUGGAUAUUUGGGGCAAAAUGAAUAAAAUUCAAGGCAGGAAUAGAGAUAUUAUAAUCACGCCUGUGGUUGGUCUCAUACAAAAUUAUUCUUUUAGCAAACUGCAGCGCAACGCUGACGAGGUUGAAGAGAUAUUCACGGUUCCAAUGAGUACAUUUUGUGAUGUGAACAACCAUGCAUCAUUUGAGUAUGAAAAUCUCAUGACACCAGUGUUUUUGGGCGCACAACAUAAGAUUUGGGGUAUUACUGGCAUAAUCACUCAUUUUUUUCUUCAGUGUUUCUUGCCAAGUGACGUUUAUAAAGUUGAUUUUACAAGGAAAAAAUAUUUGAUGGAUGAACUGAUGCCAUCUAAACUGUAGCUGUGGAUAUAUUUUUAGUAUUAAUAUUACUUUAGUCUUCUUUAGUAUAACUAAAUCACAGUGGGGUUGAUUUUUGUAGCACCAAGUACAUUAUGUAUUAUAUAAUAAUAAUAUAAAAUAAAUAAUUAUAUAAAAUAAUUUUCAUUUGAUUUCACAGAAGUAGUGUUAAUGAUGUGAUUUUUUUUUAAAUAAGUACCAACUUACCUACUUCAUUUAGUUAUCAACAAAUUAUGUAACAUAAUUUAAUGUUAUAAGCCAUUGACAUAUAUUCUAUUGACAUGAACAUCUAUAUAAACUAUUUGUUUAAAAUCUGGAGUUGGAACUAAAGUUCGCUGCAGAAUGUAAAAAAUCAUUGUCUAACCAAACUUCUUUAACAUGCAGUGCUAAAGCGCUUUAAGUAGAGUAUAAGAAAAAUAGCCACCAAUACCAGAUUGCAGUACACUUCAGAUGAACAUAGUGAGUGUUCAGAACGCCAGAUCUAAUACAUAGUACAUUAUUAUCAAUGUUGUAAAUUAAUAGAAAUAAUAUAUAACUUAAAAUUAAGUUUACAAGAACUGGCUGCAUACCUAUUGAUUAUUACAAUAGAUUAUUUUGUUGUUUUCAUUAUAAAAUAAUUAUGUAGAGGUGGUACAUUGACAUGAGGUACCUGAUGUACAGUUUUUAUAUUUGUUUUAUAUCAAUAUUGACAUAAUGUCAAAUUAGUUCUUAUUUGAGAAUAAAACAGGGUAUGAGGUUAUGAAAUAUUGUUUUUUAAAUAACAAAUCUUAUUGUAUACCCAACAAUAAAAUUGUUGUUAAUUAAUUAUUUAUUGAGCUAAGAAAAUUAUAUUGACAGUUAAAUAUUAUCCACCCGUGUGAUAAUACAUCAAAUGAUGGUUUAUAUUUUAUGUUUAAUAUAUCACAAUGAAUAACGCAAAGUAUCCAUGAAUAAAUAAAACUAUUUUUAUUUUUUAUGAUAUUUUAUUGUGAACAGUUUCAGUACAACGACACUAGAUGGCGCUCUUAGCACUUCAACUUUUCAGUGAUGACGGAAUGUUUAAUCAAUUUCUCGUUAUAAUUUGAUAGGGAUCUGUAGAUAAAUUUUUAUGCUAUAUGUAAAGCCGAAUCAUUGAUUCCAAAUGCGAUGCGUAGUAAAUAAAUAAAAACUGAAACAAUAAACACAUAGAUUAAUAAAAACAUAAAUCAUCACAACAAUAACUCAAUUUCUCUCAUUAAUGGCAUUUUGAAAACUAAUUUGACUAUGAAUCUCUCAUAACCACUUUUAUACAUAUUCCGGCAAAGUAUUUAGUAAUUUAAGAAAAAAAUAAAACUUAAUAUUCAACAUUUGAAAAUAGAAUAAGGUUCAUGUGGAAGUAUUUUAGCCUUAUCACUGCAUAUAAAUCAAUAAUUACAAUGGGUUUUCAAAUGUUAAUAAUGGCGGAAUGUUAUUUAUAGCCAGUGCGUGUUUUCUUGAGGUUAUACCUACAAUAAGUAAUAUUAUGCGACCUUCUAGCGUUCCCCAGAUUGCGGCAAACUAGGACGACAUUUCUAUUAUUUAUUAAUCUUUCAUUACCUUUGUUUUAUCUUUGAAUGUGAAAUUUAUUCAAACAUUUAAAAAUAGAAGGCAGUAUUCGUGGUUUUAUCAAAAUAAGCAAAUUUAGUUGUUAUUAUUUAAGAUAAAAAAAUUAAAAUUGUACAAACAUCAUUAAUAUGAUUUUAAGUUUGUUUUCCUUGAACUAAAGAACUUGUUAAACGUAAACUUAACCUCGCUUCGAUCGCGUUCGCACUUACUGCAUCGUCAAGUUUAUACAGUUUUGUUUAUUAAUACAAUAAAAUAUACAUUAUUACGUUUAAA